AUGGCUCCUAUUGAAUAUCUAUUGUUUGAAGAGCCUACUGGGUAUGGUAUCUUCAAGGUGAAGUUGCAACAGGAUGACAUUGGGUCUCGUUUAAAGGAGGUGCAACAACAAAUCAACGACUUUGGUUCUUUCACCAAGUUGGUUGAGUUGGUUUCAUUUGCUCCAUUCAAGGGUGCAGCUCAAGCUUUGGAAAAUGCGAACGAUAUUUCUGAAGGUUUGGUUUCUGACCAUUUGAAGGCUUUGUUGGACUUGAACUUGCCAAAGGGUUCGUCCAAGAAGACUGUUACUCUAGCUAUCUCUGACAAGAACUUGGGUCCAUCCAUCAAGGAAGUUUUCCCAUACGUGGACUGUAUUUCCAACGAGUUGGCUCAAGACUUGAUUCGUGGUGUUAGAUUGCAUGGUGACAAGUUGUUGAAGGACUUGCAACCUGGUGAUUUGGAAAGAGCUCAACUUGGUUUGGGUCACGCUUACUCCCGUGCCAAGGUUAAGUUCUCUGUGCAGAAGAACGACAACCAUAUCAUCCAAGCUAUUGCUCUUUUGGAUCAAUUGGACAAGGACAUCAACACCUUUGCCAUGAGAGUCAAGGAAUGGUACGGCUGGCACUUCCCAGAGUUGGCAAAGUUGGUUCCAGACAACUACAAGUUUGCCAAGCUCGUUCUUUUCAUCAAGGACAAGGCUUCUUUGAACGAGGAAUCCUUGCACGAUCUUUCCGAAAUUCUAGACAAUGACGCUGGUAUCAGUGAGAGAGUUAUCGACAACGCCCGUAUCUCCAUGGGUCAAGAUCUUUCCGAAACCGAUAUGGAAAACGUCACUAUUUUCGCUCAAAGAGUCGUCUCUCUUGUCGAAUACAGAAGACAAUUGUACGACUACCUUUGCGAAAAGAUGCACUUGGUCGCUCCAAACUUGUCUGAAUUGAUUGGUGAAGUUAUCGGUGCCAGAUUGAUCUCCCACUCUGGUUCUUUGACCAACCUUUCCAAGCAAGCCGCUUCCACCGUUCAAAUUUUGGGUGCUGAAAAGGCUUUAUUCAGAGCUUUGAAGACCAAGGGUAACACUCCUAAAUACGGUUUAAUCUAUCACAGUGGUUUCAUCGCCAAGGCUAGUGCUAAGAACAAGGGUAGAAUUUCCAGAUACUUGGCCAACAAGUGUUCUAUGGCUUCCAGAAUCGAUAACUACUCUGAUGAACCAACCAACGCUUUCGGUCAAGUGCUAAAGAAGCAAGUUGAACAAAGAUUGGAAUUCUACGCUACUGGUGCUCCAACCUUGAAGAACGAAUCUGCUAUCAAGGAAGCCAUCGAAUUGUACAAUAAGGAUAAGCCAGCUACUGAAGAAGAAGUGGAUACAACCGAACCUUCUAAGAAGAGAAAGCUAGAGGAAUCCAGCGAUGAAGAAGAAGAAGAAGAAGAAAAGAAGGAAAAGAAGUCUAAGAAGGAGAAGAAGGAUAAGAAGGAGAAGAAGGAAAAGAAGGAGAAGAAGGAAAAGAAGGAGAAGAAGGACAAGAAGGAAAAGAAGGAAAAGAAGGACAAGAAGGAGAAGAAGUCUAAGAAGGACUAA